UUCAAAGGCCGUUCGAUGUUGUUUGGAGACCGAAAGCGGAGAAGAAAGUAGUUAUUUCAUAAUCCCGAUGACGUCUUCCACAGCGAGGAAGCGAUCAACGCCCAAAAGGGCCGAAACCACUACAGAGCCGAAAGCAUCGACGAAAUCUAAAGUAAAAGAACCGGAUUAUGGAAAGCCGGUUCACAAGGUGGAAGAAUCUCUUUUGACAUCAACCAGUGGGUUCGACAACUACCGAGGACUAAUAAACUUAUGUCUUAUUCUCUUGGUGCUCUCCAAUUUCAGGGUUGCACUUGAUAAUUUACUGAAGUAUGGCUUGCUCAUAGAUCCUUUUCAAGUGAUAACUAUUUUUUUAGAGGAUCCAUACCAUUGGCCAUCAGCAUUACUUGUUAUCUAUAUGAACCUUAAGGUUGUUUANGCAGAGGGAAAAAUUUCCGAGAGGAUUGGGCGGAUAAUCUAUAUAUUUUUGCUGCUGUCAAUGUUAAUUGUGCCAUUUACAGUGAUUUUGGUUUAUCAACCACCACCUUGGGCAGCUAAUAUUGCUGUUUCCUGGUACACUGUUGUCUGGUUGAAGCUUAUCAGCUUCGUUAGUGUCAACCUUUGGUACAGGCUGGGGUUAAUGAAACAUGAAAAGGAAGGUCAUGUUGCAAAUGGGAAACCUGAAACUCUUCCUUUGGUGAAGUAUCCUGAAAAUCUCACUCAAAAAGAUUUAUAUUACUUCAUUUUUGCACCCACUUUGUGUUAUGAGCUCAAUUAUCCCAGAAGUAAAAGGAUACGGAAGCGCUUUCUUUUGAGAAGACUAGCUGAAUUUUUUUUCAUUAUUGGAAUUGUAAUUGGAGCAUUUCAGCAGUGGAUUGUUCCCACAGUAAAGAACUCUAUGAAACCAAUCCAGGAAAUGGAUGUGGGUAGAGGCCUUGAGAGAUUGAUGAAACUUGCGGUUCCCAACCACUUGUUAUGGCUGCUGUUCUUUUACGCCUUCUUCCACAGUGGCCUUAACAUUUUAGCAGAACUAUUACGGUUUGGCGACAGGACGUUCUAUCGAGACUGGUGGAAUUCCCCAAAUGUGGCAUAUUUCUGGCAAAACUGGAAUAUACCUGUCCACCGCUGGGCGAGAAGGCAUCUCUAUAUUCCCAUGUUAAAGUCAGGGUAUUCAUCUCUCCAAGCACAAGUUGCUGUGUUUUUACUCUCUGCAUUUUUCCAUGAGUUUUUAGUCAGUGUCCCUUUACGACUAUUCAGAUUCUGGGCGUUCCUAGCUAUGCUUGCUCAGGUCCCUCUCCAUUUGAUCGUGAAAAAAUUUCUUGGCGAUUAUCCAAACUAUGGUAACAUGGUGGUGUGGCUGUCAAUCAUACUUGGCCAGCCGUUGGCAAUUCUGACGUAUGUCCAUGAUUAUUACAUCACCCACCAAUAGUGGCCUUACAAGUCGGUUUCAGACUUUGUUAGAUUCCAAGUAGUUAUCCUUGUUCCCGGUACCAGAAGCUGCCAGUAAAGUGAAGCGCCAACUCAACGAAAAAAAAAAUUAUAGAAAGCAAUAUUAUGUUGAGUUUUCAAGUGACCACAGAUAGUAAUUUAAAUAGUGUAUUUAUUUUUAAGUCUUAUCGUUGAUCGAUUAUAAAUAAAAAGGUUUGCACCA